AUGUUUCGAAUGAUUGACGUUCAAAAAUGUGACCGGGAUUAUCAGAGAAUUUUAUGGAGAGAAGAUUCUACUGAUGAAAUACAGCAUUAUAGACUCACUACAGUAACGUACGGUACCACACCCGCACCAUAUCUUUCAAUACGUACACUUUUGCAGUUGAGCGAAGAUGAGCGUGAGCAUUUUCCCUUAGCUAGUGAAGCUUUAAAAACGAGUUUUUAUGUUGAUGAUUGUAUGGCUGGCUCCAAUACAAUAGAAGAUGCUGCAAAACUAGCGGAACAGUUAAAUGAGUUGCUUACGGCUGGCGGCUUUCAAUUAAGAAAAUGGGCUGCUAAUAAUAGCAGUGUUCUAAGAAAAAUUCCCGAGAGUGAUAAAUUAGAGAGUAUUGUAAAAAUCCCCACUGACAUAACUAUAUGUCUACUUGGAGUUAUUUGGAAACCUGAUAUUGACUGCUUUUCAUAUAAAGUAAAGAAUAAGGACUACUGCCUUGACACAAAGAGAAAAUUAUUAUCAGAAAUUUCAAAAAUCUUCGAUCCACUAGGUUGGAUUUCACCGGUUAUAAUUGCUGUUAAGAUUAUCAUUCAAAAAAUUUGGCUAUUAAGUUUAGAUUGGGAUGAACACCUUUCAUCUGAUAUUAAAUCUGUAGCAGAGCAAUUAUUUUCUGAAUUUUAUUUGCUGAAUAAUAUUAACAUUCCUAGAAUUAUUUUCUCCACAGAGUCUAUCGUCACUUAUCAUGGCUUUUGUGAUGCAUCUAAAGCAGCAUAUGCAGCCGUCGUAUAUUGCAGAAAAACAUCAGCAGAUGGUAUAACUUCUACGAAUAUUGUUAUGGCCAAAACUAAAGUGGCACCACUAAGAGUGAUUUCUAUUCCACGGCUGGAACUCUGUGCUGCCUAUCUUUUGACUCAAUUAUUUGAAUAUUUAAUACCUGUGUUGUCGAUAAAAGUGAAAGACAUUACUUUCUGGUCAGAUAGUAAAACAGUAUUGGCAUGGUUAUCUUCACAUCCCAGUAAGUGGAAGACUUUCGUAGCUCAUAGAACUGGCUAUAUAUUGGAAACCCUACUUGAGGUCAAAUGGAGGUAUGUACCUACUAAAUUAAAUCCUGCUGAUUGUGCUAGCAGAGGUGUUAGAUCUAGCUAUCUAGUCGAAGAUGAAAUGUGGUUUAAAGGUCCACCAUUCCUAUUACAUGAUUCUAGUGAGUGGCCAAAAUCAAUUAAAGACGUUAUAACUGAUGAAGAGUUACAUGUGGGUAAAUUAUUUGCAUUUCAUAAUGCAACAACUUCCAAAUCGGAUGACACCCCUUUAGAUGUUUGUGAUAUUUUAAAUAAAAGAAUAUCUAAUUUUCAACGCAUGAUUCGAGUACUUACUUACUGCUACCGAGCUGUAAAAUUCUUGAAAUCUAAAUCUGGCCAUAAUUUACCGCUACAUGUUGAUGAACUAAACCACGCAGAGUAUGUUUUAUACAAAUACCAUCAGAACUUGGAAUUUCUUGAAGUCAUAAAAAAUAUUAAGAAAAACGUUCCUAUAGCUAGCAAAAAGUUAAGAAGAUUAUCACCAUUUCUGGAUGAACACGGAAUACUGCGUGUAGGAGGGAGACUUUCUAACGCUGAUUUACCUUAUGAUAGUCAACAUCAAAUCAUUCCAUCAAAGGAUUGUCCUAUCACAUUUAAAAUUGUUCAUGCAUGUCACUUGAGUAAUAUGCAUGCUGGUGUAACAUUAAUGAUUUCAACCCUACGACAGAAAUAUUGGAUUGUUGGAGCUCGAGAAUUAGUUAAACGUGUAUAUCGCUCGUGUAAAGUUUGCCAUCGUUACAGUGCUAGAUCUAAUGAUCAACUAAUGGGAGACUUACCUAAAUUUCGUGUAAACGCUGCCUAUCCAUUUUAUGAAGUUGGGUGUGACUAUGCAGGUCCCCUUAUGUAUAAACUACAUAAUGGUCGUAAAGCACCUAUUGUAAAGGCCUAUGUAGCAGUAUUUAUUUGCCUAGUUACAAAGGCCAUUCACCUGGAGCUGGUUUCUGACCUAAGUUCUGAUGCAUUCUUAGCUGCAUUAGACAGAUUCGUUGCAAGAAGAGGACUUUGCGGACACAUUCAUAGUGACAAUGGAACUAACUUUCAAGGAGCUGCUAAAAAACUUGGCGAAAUUUACAAAUUGGUAAAGAGUUUUGAAUUUAAUACUAAUGUUUCGAACUUUUUGUCUUCUAAAGGUGUACAAUGGCAUUUUAUACCGCCUUCUGCACCACACUUUGGAGGAGCUUGGGAAUCCACUGUGAAAAGUAUGAAGUAUCAUCUAAAGAGAACUAUUGGUCAAGCUACUUUAAAUUAUGAGGAAUUAACUACACUGUUAACAAGAAUUGAAGCACUAUUGAAUUCUAGACCAUUGGUGCAAGCUGACUCCGAUGAUCUACCCUAUAUUACUCCUGGUCAUUUUUUAGUUGGCAGACCUUUGAAUGCUCUACCUGAAGUUGAUGUCACCCACCUAAAGACGUCUACUCUUUCUAAAUGGCGAUUAAUUCAACAGUUAUCGCAAUACUUUUGGUCACGAUGGUCUAAUGAUUAUCUUCUGUCACUUCAACCUAGGAAAAAGUGGCAGACAGAAAAAUGCAAUUUGAUGAAAGAUGAUGUCGUUUUACUACGAGAUGAGAACUUGCCUCCCGCAUGCUGGAAACUUGGUCGAGUGAUAGAAACUCAUGCUGGUUCAGAUGGCUUAGUCAGAGUGGCUACUAUAAAGACUGAAACAUCCACAUUUAAACGUCCGAUUACUAAAUUAUAUCCCUUACCAAAAGAAGAUUGA